GAUGAUGAUAAUGAUGCCCGGUGAUGAUGAUGAUGCUGAUGAUGAUGAAUUAAAGUUGGAGAGUUUAUUCGAUAAUCAUGGGAAUUGGCCAGUGGCGCCUCUCACCGCGUACAGAGCUAGCGAGCCCGGCCGUUUCUCUGGCGCAGCGCCCAGGGCCAGCGAUAGAUAGCCCGAGUGAGGCGUGCGGCAGAUAUAGUCUAGAUUAUUGACUCUCGAAAACUGCUGUGGAUUCUUAUCUAAAAUGGCCCGGGGUAUGCUAGCAGGAGACCGUUCGAAGCUGUAUGAGAACAUAGACUUUUUAGGUGAAGGUCAGUUUGCUACAGUUUACAAAGCUCGAGAUCUUCAGCAUGAUGGCAGAAUAGUAGCAGUGAAAAAGAUAAAACUUGGGCAUAGAUCCGAAGCACAAGAUGGCAUUAACAGGACGGCUCUCAGAGAAAUCAAAUUGCUCCAAGAACUUAGGCAUGAAAAUAUAAUUGGACUCCUUGACUGUUUUGGUCAGCGAUCCAACAUCAGCCUUGUGUUUGACUUCAUGGAGACGGACCUAGAGGUGAUCAUAAAGGAAAGCAGCUUGGUAUUGACACCCGCCCACAUCAAGGCCUAUACGAUGAUGGCAUUAAGAGGUCUAGAGUAUCUCCAUUCCAAUUGGAUCUUACAUAGGGAUAUGAAGCCAAACAAUUUACUGCUUGAUGAGGGCGGGGUGCUGAAGAUUGGUGAUUUUGGUCUUGCAAAGUUUUAUGGCAGUCCCAAUAGGAUAUACACACAUCAAGUCGUAACAAGGUGGUACAGAUGUCCAGAGCUGUUGUUUGGGGCGAGGAUCUACGGCACAGGUGUGGACAUGUGGGCCAUGGGGUGCAUCCUAGCAGAACUACUCCUUCGGGUCCCGUUCCUCCCUGGAGAAUCGGAUCUGGACCAGUUAAGCAGGAUUUUCCAGACGAUAGGGACGCCAUCAGAAGAAGAAUGGCCGAACAUGUCAGCCCUAGCAGACUAUAUUGAGUUCAAGAAGUUUCCUGGUACUCCUCUGCGGGAUAUCUUCACUGCCGCUACCGAUGACCUCUUGAACCUUCUCAAAGGGCUCCUUCUCAUGGACCCUUGCAGACGAUGCAAAGCCACUGAGGCUCUGAAGAUGCCCUACUUCUUUAACAAGCCAGCCCCGACACAAGGUCACCUUCUACCAAGGCCAGGAAUGUUAGCCCCAGUGGACAACAGCAAGCCACAAACCAAGCUUGGUAGCAAAAGAAAGAUGGUGGAUGAUAUAGGGACAGGUUCAACUGCAAAGAAACUUGUCUUCUGAUGGAACUAAACCAACACCUACACUGAGGCAGGGGAAGUAACGCUUUGAGCAGUGGUUUCGUCGUAGGCACUUAGCGUAGCGCCGAAUACACCUGAAAUCGUCCGUUGUGCAGCGGCCGCAGUCCGGCUCCUCCGCUAUGAACUGACACGCUAAACACGACGUGUGCUGGCACUGGCCUUGGCAGCUCUGAGGGACGUCUGCGUUAUCUCUAAAAUGGACGAAAGAAAUCAAGCAGAAAAAAGUGCAAUCACAAGAUGUUAUCAUUUCAUAUUGACACGAACGAAUUGUACAAGUGUCUCAUAAAGGAAUGGGUUCAAGUGGACCAUAUUUUUAUUUGUAUUAAUAAGUGCAGAUACCUUUUUUUAUUUAUUAGUUGCCAAAGGCAAAAUUUGCCCCAAACGUGUUUCGUGUAUUUGAUUCCAUUUUGUAUGCAUGCGGCUUGUACUUGUUGCUUUGUGGAACAACCUUGGGCAAGGCUCUCCAUCAAUGUGAUGUCUUGAAAGUAUUCCUCUGACAUUUUAUAAACAUAGAUUAAUUGAUACCACAUGUGGUACAUUGUAGUAUCAGAAGCAUUGUAUGACUUUUACUUUGAAUUCUUCGCUGUUGAGUUACAAUAUGAAUUUAACAAUUUGAUUAUUGAAUCUGCAGAAAAGUUUUCAUUUAUGUGAAUAAAGUAAAAAUUCAUAUGAAAAAUAUAUACAUGUAUAUGCAAGAUACAAUACAAGAUGCAAGAUAUGUUACAAAUUAAAUAAUUUGUCUUGAAAUUGUUGUGAGAAGAAAAAAUGAACACAGACAAAGAUGCUGUAUUUUCUUUUUUCUAUGAUGACAUCAUACUAAUCUCAUCCAUUUUGCAAUGAAGAAUUGCAUAUUUUUAAUCCUCCACUUACACCAUUACUAAUUAUUGUUAUUUAACUGAUCACAAUAGUAAUUAUUCACUUUUUUGGAUGAAGGCCAAUGUCAUCAAAAACUGCAAAGUUGCUGUAUCAAUUAGUUAGGAUUUAUUUCGCAGUGUCAAAUAUAACUGGGAAGGCUGCCAUCUAAUGUCUAAUUUGAAUUUAGGGUAUAAUUAGGGUGGACAUAGUGUAUACAUUCUGAAUUGAACAGAAAUUGAUGCUAAAGUGAUAUACACAGUGUAAUUUAUAUGUGAUUGUCUUUAAAACCACCAAAGCAUGGUUUAGAGAUUGCCAAAAUUUACAUCACCCAAUUAUUUUUCUUAUUGUUAUAAGCUUUCAUGAUUUAUGGGAUUAAUAAUUAUCUCCUAUCAACAUAGUUCACGCUAAGCACAAUUUUUUAUUUGACAAUGCAUAUGAAUUCACUAUUUUUGGUGCACUGCAAAAGUGCCGAUGUUAAUUUAACACCAGCCCGGAAUCUAUAUCGUAAAACACUAGAGGUGUUGAAACAACACCACUUCAGCUUCAGGCUAACACCAGAUAGGUGUUUAUACAACACCAAUUGGUUUCAAAACAGCAUUGGUUUGAUUCUUACUGGUGCUCUUUUAACACUUCUCUGGUGUUUUCCAAUAUGGAUGCCGGGCUGGUGUUAAAUUAACACCGAUGUUUCUGCAGCCUGUUUUCUUUGUACUUAAAUGCCUACAAUGUCUACAUACGCAUUUGCCCAGUGCAAGCAUUUUAUUUUUUUAUGAAAUAAGUUUUCAUUUUGUAUCAAGAAAAUUCAGUAUUCAAUAUUUCAAAUAAAAUGAAACAU